AGACAACUCUGAACGUGUUCAUGCCGGUGACAUUUUUGUUUAUUGUGACAACUUAAAAUAAUUUGUCGUCCAGAAUACACAAAUCACUAAUAUUUUAAGAGGAUAUUUAGAUACAUUCAAUCAUGAAUCCAGGAGGUAUGGAGAAGAUGCUGGAGGGGCAACUGUUGGAGGCCUCCAAGGUUGUGGAACAGCAGUUGGAUGCUGAGAUUGAUCGUCUUGAGAAGAUGGAUGAAGAUGAUUUUGAUAUGCUGAGGAAACAACGAAUGGACGCAUUGAAAAAAUCCCAGCAGCAGAAACAGGAGUGGAUGUCAAAUGGCCAUGGGAAGUAUACAGAGGUUGCAGAUGAAAAGGAUUUCUUUGAUUCUUGUAAAAAGAGCAAGAAAGUUGUGUGUCACUUCUAUAGAGACAGCACAUUCCGCUGUAAGAUCAUAGACAAGCAUUUAGAAAUCUUGGCACCAAAGCAUAUUGAAACCAAAUUCAUCAAAAUAGAUGCUGAGAAAUGCAAAUUUCUGGUGGACAGAUUGAGAAUUGUUGUUCUUCCAACUAUUUGUAUUGCCAUGGAUGGAAAGACCCAGGAUUAUAUUGUUGGUUUUGAUGAUCUUGGUGGUAAAGACGAGUUCCCUACUGAGAUGCUGGAAUGGCGCCUUGGACGGGCCAAGGCGAUCAACUACCAGGGCGAUGUUCUUAAUCCACCCAAAUUUGCAAACCAGAAGGACACUAGUGUGUUUGGCUUUGUGAAAACAAAGAAGACCAUUAAAGAUGGAAGAAAUAAUGAUGACAGUAGUGAUGAAGACUGGUGAUCAUACGAUCUGAGAGUUUAAUUAAUGUUGCUUUUUUAAAAAAACUCCUGAGAUUGUAUAUAUGCACAAUCCUCAUUUUUUUGUUUUUAUUGCAGACAGUUAUGAUGUAAAAUGUUUCAUUUGGCUGGAAGAUAAGUGUUGUCAACAUUUAUGUCACCUUUUAUUUGUGUAUUUAUAUUUAUCAAUUCAUAUUAUAUCAAAUCACUUCUUCACAAACAACAAAGGUUUCUCAUUUUUUUUAAAUAUGACUAAAUUUUCAGACAUAGUAAUAUAAUGCUUGUAAAUUUUAAAAUUGUGUUCAGUCAUCUUUUUUCAUACAUGUAAAAAUAAAUUCAUUUUACUUUA